UCGUAGCCGAGCGACGUGACGAGACUCCGCCGAGACGCCGCGCUCGUUAGUUUCCGCAUGUCCGCCGGAACGAGGAACAAUCAUCCAUCCGGCCUUUCGCGGAAUCACCGCUUCGUCGUUCGGAAAUACGGCACCGCCUUUUUCGUUACUCAUGUUACACCCCGCCGACACGGCUAUCCAAUUCCCUUCGCCCUGCGACAUCGGCACCGCUCGAUAAUCGCGACGGUCCCUCUCGAGGCGAUUGUACGCACACCUCCCCGUAUACAAUCGGGGGGAGCGUGUCGCGUCGCAAUUAUUUAUAACAAUCGUUAUAUCGGACUUCCCCUUAAACGAGAUAUGGAAAUAGAAAGGAGCGCAACUUAAAGCGUCGCUUACAGUUAUACAAGCGAUUACACGAAGCGUGUAUUUUCUUCGUUAUUCGUUUGUCUAUUUUUUUUUUAUCUCUUUUGCGCUGCCUUUCCUAUUUUGUGUUUGAUCUGGGCGAACGAGAGUCGAGAUGAAUCCUGAUCGACAACGAUCUAUCGCGAGGUGAUUAAGGCAAAAAUGUCGAAGAAACCAGGAGCCACUCAAGCAAUGCAUAAGGUAAUAAUGGUUGGCAGUGGUGGUGUUGGAAAAUCAGCUCUCACACUGCAGUUUAUGUACGAUGAGUUUGUUGAAGAUUACGAACCUACAAAAGCAGACUCCUACAGGAAAAAAGUUGUAUUAGACGGCGAAGAGGUACAAAUAGAUAUCUUGGACACUGCAGGACAAGAAGACUACGCGGCGAUUCGGGACAAUUACUUUCGCAGCGGAGAAGGAUUCCUCUGUGUAUUUUCGAUAACGGAAGAUGACAGCUUCCAGGCUACGCAAGAGUUCAGAGAACAAAUUCUCAGGGUAAAAAAUGAUGAAAACAUUCCAUUCUUAUUAGUGGGUAAUAAGAGUGAUCUUCAAGAAAAAAGGAAGGUUAGUCUAGCCGAAGCUCAAGCUAGGUCCCAACAGUGGGGUGUUCCUUACGUAGAAACAAGCGCCAAAACAAAAGAAAAUGUAGACAAGGUAUUUUUCGACUUGAUGCGUGAAAUAAGGUCACGCAAGAUUGAGGAUAAGUCGGCGAGCAAUGGUCGAGGUAAAGACCGUGCCAAGAGGAAGAAAAAGAAGUGCAUUAUUCUAUAG